GUGUCGGGGUAAGAUGGCGGGGCCGCUGGCUGUGGCGGGCGAUGUGGUGGUGGACGCGCUGCCCUACUUUGACCAGGGCUACGACGCGCCGGGAGUGCGGGAGGCGGCAGCUGCACUGGUGGAGGAAGAAACCAGGCGAUAUCGACCUACGAAAAAUUACCUGAGCUAUUUGCCUACACCUGACUAUUCGGCGUUUGAAACUGAGAUAAUGAGGAAUGAGUUUGAGCGUCUAGCAGCUCGGCAGCCAAUGGAACUGCUCAGUAUGAAAAGGUAUGAGCUGCCUGCCCCAUCCUCAGGACAGAAGAACGACAUCACCGCCUGGCAGGAGUGCGUCAACAACUCAAUGGCACAGCUGGAGCAUCAGGCCGUGAGGAUCGAGAACCUGGAGCUAAUGUCCCAGCAUGGCUCAAACGCGUGGAAAGUUUAUAAUGAUAACCUGGUCCAGAUGAUUGAAAAUGCUCAAAAGGAACUCCAAAGGCUGAGGAAACAAAUUCAAGACUUGAAUUGGAUGAGGAAGAAUGACCAGCUGGCUGCAGGCAGUAAACUACGAGAAAUGGAAUCCAACUGGGUCGCAUUAGUUAGCAAGAACUACGAGAUCGAACGAGCCAUCGUCCAGCUGGAGAACGAGAUAAACCAGAUGAAACAGCAGCAAGGAGAUGAAAACAAAGAAAAUAUCCGACAGGAUUUCUGAGGGCUGGCUGACAAGCCUCCUCCCUGGGUUGGGUACUCUGUGCUGAGAGUGGACUUGAGCUCAGAUUGGUACAUACACACCAGCUAAUUUCAGCAAAUGAUGCAGGUAGUAGUACAUUGUAGUGAAGAAAAUAUACUUUUAUUACUGUGUAUUGUGUAGUGUAUGUUUUGUAUCAAAUAAGACAUGUUAAAUAAUCGUCGUAUUGCCUCCUUGUCUCACAAACAUUUAACUGCCUGGUAUUAUGUGCAUUUGGCAACCAGGGUAGUUGACGCUUGGAAGAGAAUUCCCUUCCCUUCUCUCCUUUCCUCCCAUUCAAUGUUUUCAGACUGAUCUCCUUCUUUCUGGACUAGUUAUAUGACUGUGGCAAAGUAUUGGUAGGAUUUAUUACAUUUUUAUAGCAGAAAAUUUACCAAUAAAACAUAAAAGG